CCCUCGCACAGCGGAACUUUGGUCCUGCGGUAGAAAGUCGGAGCAGUGUUGGGGACGGACAGUGAACAGUGUGGGGUUAAGCUCGCUGACCGUUGAGCUGCUGUUGGACCUCUCAGAACUUUCUGCACAAACAGACAAGAUGUUGAGAAGAGCCUCAGUGCAGAUCUUCAGACAGGCAGUGAGGUACUGCAGCGCCGACCAGAAUUUAAGCCUGGAGAAAUCGAUAAACCGAGUGCAGCUGUUGGGCCGAGUGGGUCAGGACCCGGUGAUGAGACAAGCGGACGGUCGUAACCCUGUGACCAUCUUCUCGGUGGCAACCAAUGAGAUGUGGCGCACUGGAGAGGGAGAGAUAACCUCAAUGGGUGACGUCAGUCAGAAGACGACUUGGCAUCGCGUGUCCGUCUUCAAACCCGGUUUGAGGGAUGUGGCCUACCAGCACAUCAAGAAAGGGAGUAGGGUUCUAGUGGAGGGGAAGAUAGACUACGGAGACUAUGUGGACAAGAACCAAAUCAGACGUCAGGCUACCACCAUCAUCGCAGACAACAUCAUCUUCCUGACCGACAUCAUGCGGGAGAAAUCCUGAAGGACGCUUCCUCUUCCAUCUAACGACUUCUUUUCGUCUCCAAACACGACAUCAUCUGCUAUUUUCUUCUUUAUACAAAAGACUGAUGACCUGAACGCCACCACGUAAAGGAAGAAGGGGGAGAGUACGGGUCACGUUUGACUCCUGCCAACCUUGUAAAUGUAGUUACUGAUCAUAAUUUAGAUUUUAUGCCUUUUUCUUUUUUUCAUUUUAUGUGAGAAUACUGAUGGUUGAACACUGUUUCAUUGUGUUUGAGGAGGUACACGAUGUUGUAGCUCUGUUAGGAGCGGAUCACAAAAACUGUAAUUCAAGGGCAUUUUAAAACUGUGAAACUUUGUAAUUAUUAAGUUUUCUAGCUUUUUAUUUCACAUCGUGGCUGUUCAGUAAAAAACAUGUAUCUCCAAAAACUGAAGGAUUAAAGCAACAUUAUGUAAAAUCUGGUUUUCGUACAUGUCCGUGUCCAUAGAAGCCGCUGAGCCCGGUGACAUUGCCCACUCUCCCUGACAUCCGAGGUCUGAAAACAUCCUCCCCCUCCUCCCAGCGGUCCAAAGCUUCAGUGCUGCGUCAACACCAACAGCAGCUACAUUUGGCAGAAUCAGAGUUGGGGGGGGGGGGAAGCAGCCAGAGAACAUCUUCUGCAUAAAAUAUGAUCCAGUUUCACCCAAAUCAUUGACUGAGUAGAUGGUGCGUGACUACGUUCUCCUAGAAAUGUCUCCUAGAACUAGAGAGCGGUUGACCUGAAGCAGGUUCAACAGAGGCUGAUGAUUAUUAUAAUUUAAAGUUAAGGAUGGGAGGAGGAAGGCUGGCGUUCCCUGGAAUAUAACCUAAAGUCACUUCUGUUAAUCUUUGCAUUAAGAAAUCCCUCUCAAUAAAGGACGAGGUUGUCGAUGUUCAGUUUGAAGUGUUGUUGUUAUUGUCCACAGAUGCCAUUAAAAGUGUUUGUCCAAUCCUCAGUAAACACUGGAUUGACAAUAAGAGUCUUUCUCACGUCUCUUCAUGCAGAUGUGAGUGAAGGUUGUUCAGCGGGAGAGAAAUGUAAAUGCAGAGGAAGCUCCUUCAGUUAAAGUUUGUUUCUGAUCUGUGUAUUAUCAGGAAACAUUAGUCUGUGUGUGUUUGUUUUAUCUCUUUAUUUCUGCUUUGUCACAUUCUUGUCAGUUGUUAUCGCUCUUUUAUCUGUUCUUCAUUUCCUUCCUGAGCAGUGACUGUUGCUUUUAGUUCACUGUCUCUGCUUCCUUUCUCUGUGAUGUUUGCGAUAAUAAACUUUUUUCUCACAUUGUA